AUGAGCCAACGUGACAAAACACCAUACUCUCCCCAGUACAUAUUCUAUCAAUGUCUUCAUCCAUCAUUUCACCGACCAAAGUUUCAAACUUUUUUAUUAAACAAACCCCUUCGUGCUGCUUAUUUUUUAGUAUCAGCUGAAGCCUCCAUCGACCGCAAAAUUGUUGAUGUGAAGAGAAAGCUACAUGGAAAUGAUAUUUCUGAAACACCAAAGGAAAUACCGAUGCAAAAAAAGCCAAAAGCCUUUCCAGUGCUGGAUCUUCACAUAUUUCUGUUUCUUCCGACAGUGAAAGUGAAAGUGCAAAAUUGUUUUCCAAUAUACGGCUCGGACGAGGAAACAUAUGAUGAAGAAGUGAUGGAGGAAGCUGCUGAUAAUGAAGUAAGGGUAGAAGAAAUUAGAGGACUUGGAAGGUUUUUUGUAUGGAGAAGGAAGAUAAAGUCUGGAACGGUUGCUAGAAGAAAUGUAUUAAAACUUAGAAGAAAAUGUCUUAUGACUAGACAUGGGAGGAUUGAAAUUGUUGAUUCGGAUACUGGUUCGAGGUACGACUGUGUAUAUUCAUGGUUAAGAUCAGCAUUGUAUAUUUUCUCUCUCAUGAUGAUUGGAAAAACUUUGAAACCUCCUUAUAAAGUUGUUCAACUUCAAAUGGUUUUAAAACAUGUCCAUCCAAUCAAUACUUUAAGCAUUCCUACUGUGUAG